GCUGCAAUUUUCUGAUCCUACUUUAAUAAUGCAAGCAGCCACUUUUAAGGCCCAAAUUACACUCCUGUCAGUAACACAUUAGUAUUCAAGUUGCUGUGGUGUUGAGCCUGCUGUCGUCAUAGUAACAGGUGAUGUAAACAUGUUGCAUACAUGCAUGCGUAGCCCACAGAAAAAGAGUUCACUCUUCAGCCCUCUCUCUCUCUCUCAGUGUGGAAACAGAGUGUGGACGCAGGCUGAAAAGCCUCAGGCCGCUUCCUCAUGACAUCACAUGGUUGCAGAAUGACUUGUCUAACAUUCAUCUGUGAAGCAAGACUUCCUAAACACCGAGCGCGGCCACUGCUCUGUUGAUACUGAGAGCGGAAAAAGGCUCCACUUUCUUGUGUGUAUCAUUUGUUAAAGGAGCCUGCUGCCAGUUUUGAGUGUAUUUAUGUUAUCAGUGAACUCAUCAUCUGAUGCUACUUCCUGUCUCUGUUGUCAUGGCGACUGUGAGAGCCCCUGAGCACAGGAUAUAGGGCCAGUGAGGAGGCCUGAUGUCUGAUUCCACUCCUGACUGCCUCUAAAGUACAUGCUACUUACACACCGAGCCACUCAAGCGUCCUUAAAAAGAGUCUCAGACAUGGAGAAGGAGAGCAGGGUGAAUGGCUUUGGACUGAACUCAGAGAGCAGGGGUUCAGACUGGGGUCGCAUCGCCCUGCUGGACAAGACCAAGGAGUUCUUCCAGAUCUGCGAUGUGGAGGGCAAAGGCUUCAUCACCCGCACGGAUAUGAGGAGGCUCCACAGAGAGUUGCCUUUGUCUGCAGAGGAGCUGGAGGAUGUCUUUGACUCUCUGGAUACAGACCACACUGGUUACCUCACACUGGAGGCAUUCUCCUCUGGAUUCAGUCAGUUCCUACACGGCCGGAGGAUCUCUGUCACCGAUGACCAAAAUCAGGCCCCCAGCCCUAUAUUUAGAACAAAGGAAGCUCUUUAUCAGAGCCAAUGGGAAGCUAAGCUGUCAGGAGUUGAAGAUGAGGAGGAGAGGCACUUCUGUAUGCUGCUGGAAAGCCUGGGAGCCAGCAACGUGUUUGAGGAUCCAGGCGAGGUGCGCAGUCUUUGGGCCCAGCUCAGACGAGAUGAGCCUCACCUCCUGUCCAAUUUUGAGGAGUUCCUCGCCAGAGUCACCCACCAAAUAAAAGAGGCCCACCAGGAAAAGAAGGAGAUGGAGAGCGCCCUCCAGAGGAAGGCUGCAACACAUGACAGUGAGAUCCGUUAUUUAUAUGAGGAGAUGGAGGCACAGAUCAAAAAUGAGAAAGACAGGCUGCUACUAAAGGACUCUGAGCGUCUUCAGUUGCGCAGCCAGGAUCUGGAGCACCAACUGUUUUCGAAGGAGAGAGAGCUGGAUCAGCUUUUCCAGAAACAGAAAAGGUUAGAGCUCCAGUGCCGUGAGCUGAGCAGUGAGAAGCAGGAGAGCCAUGUGGAGAACGUCAAGCUGAAAAUGACCAACGACGAGCUGUCCCGAGCGCUGGAGAGCACCAGCCAGGAGCUGGCCCUGGCCCAGGAACAGCUGGCCAUGCUGCAGGAACAGGCCGCUCGGCUGCACCAGGAGAAAGAGAUGGAGAUGUACAGAGUAACUGAGGGACUGCAGAGAGAAAAGCAAAGUCUCAUGAAGCAGCUUGACCUUCUCAGAGAGAUGAACAAACAUUUAAAAGAUGAGCGAGACAUAUGCUGCGGUGUACCUCGAACUUCACUCAGAAAGAAGCAGAAGCAGAGAGCGGGCCUCGCCAACAUAUUUGAUGACACCAGUCAACCAGCAAAAAGAGCCCCACUGUUGGUGGAUGGGUCCUACCAGUCUCUGGAGGCCUUGCCUAUAGAGCACCUUCAAAUCGUGUUUGUUGCUUCCUCCUCCUGCAGUGAGGAUGAUGCCACCACCACUACCUCCACCACCACCACCACCACCACCACUGUUAGUAGCCCUGCUUGUCAACAACGCCCUACAGCAAAGAAGAACUCAAGUGUAGCCAACGGCUACGCCAACUCUGCUCCACCCAAAGUGCAUGAUGUGAAGGCAAAAGCCAAAAAGGCACCCAGCAAAGUGGCUGCCACUAAGAGGGUGACAGGGAAAGACAGAGAAAGAGAGAAGAAAGUGGAAAUUGAGAAGAAGACUGGGGUAGAAGAGGAGGUGUUGGACGCCCCACCAGACGGCUGGCCCCUCCGUCGAGUCAUCUCCAUCGAGGAGGAUCACCUUCCCCAUCUGCUCCAAGGCGGGCCCCAGCUCUUACUGCACCAGCUCAGUGAGGAGGAAGACGAGGAGGAUGAUGAGGAGGAAGAAGAAGCACAGAGCGACAUUGAUUCUAGUGUUGUCAUGGCAGCAGACCUCUCUACCACCCCAACUUCCAGUCACGUUCUAAGGUCAGCAGAGGCUUCUCCAGCUAGGAAAUCCCGCUUUGCCCGAGUGAAAAAGACGUCCAUGUCAUCAAGAGGACAGCCUGUCGGGAAGGAGACUCAGCAAAAGACAAAAGAAGGAGCUCUGUUUGCCCCAGACCGUCUGUUUAAGGUGGUCCUGGUUGGCAACUCCAGCGUAGGCAAGACAUCUCUGUUACGCUCCUUCUGUGAGGGCCGUUUCCACCCUUCCACCACUGCUACUGUGGGUAUUGACUACAGUGUGAAGACAUUAACCCUGGACAACAUGCAGGUAGCCAUGCAGCUUUGGGACACAGCGGGUCAAGAGAGGUACCGCAGCAUAACCAAGCAGUUCUUUCGCAAAGCAGACGGUGUGGUGGUGAUGUACGACGUCACGGUGGAGGAGAGCUUCAAGGCCGUGCGACCCUGGCUCGCCAAUGUCCAGGAAGCUGCAGGAGAAGGGAUCCCUGUCCUCCUUCUAGGCAACAAAAUGGACAUGGAUGGAGACAGGGAGGUGUCAUUUAAAGAAGCUGAGCAACUGGCUUAUGAAAACAAGGUGAUGUUCUUCGAGGUCAGUGCCUACACAGGCAAGAAUGUGGCAGAGUCCCUGACACACCUGGCCAGAGUGUUAAUGGAGCAGGAGGACAGAGUGAGAGACACAACAGUCAUCCUCAGUGCUCAGCCCAUAAAGAAGAAAGCCUGUUGCAAGUGAGGACACAGUGACCAACAAGAAAGUGCUAAAACUUUGGAAGAAGUCUACUUUAGAUCCUCUUUGAACAUUGGAUUUGCAGUGAAAUCAGUAUUGGACCUGCACAAAGACCUUAGCAGUGAUUGAAAGCGUGUCCUCAUUUUGGCCCAGAAAUGCAGUACACGUUGACAUGAAGGAUGGUGUUGCCCAUGUGAACAAACGGCUGUCAAGCUUAAGUGGUGAAGCUGAAGAUGAGCUUAUCUAAAGUAAAAAUAAGGUGCUGGACCAUUCCUGUAAAUAAUGCUGUGUUGCCAAAUCACAGUAGUGCUGUCUGUAAGAUUUAAAGUAAACACAUAUCCUGUAAUAUAAUUACUUUCAAUAUAAACCUUAAGCCAAGAAAAAAAUCAUAAAUAUACUACAGGCUUUUCAUAACUGAAUGUUAGAUUUAAAGUCUUAAUUUCUCUGUAUUUCUCUGUAUCUGGUUUAGUAUGUGUUACUUGAAACUAAAACUGAAAUAAAUUAUUUGCAAUUCAUUGAAAUAGUAGUUUUAAAUGAAAAUCAUGUGCGAAAAAUCCGACUUGAUUCUUUGACAUUUUAUUCAUCAUCAACGUUCACUUUUCAUAUACUUUGUCUGAUCUCUAAAACAUAUUGCAUCUGUGUUUGUUACUGUUCUGAGGCAUUGUUCUGUUGUAUUCUGGCACCAAAGUACUUUUUUUUCUGAAUUAUCCUCAAUUAAAGAAAUAAAUAAAUUACUUUUCAUCUUUC